GUUUUCUAACUGCUGCAGCAAAAGUUUUGCUGUAUUAAAUUUAUGUACGGUAUCUGACUAUCUGCCUCCAAAAUGAUGUCUCAUGAUCAUCUUGAACCAAUGGCCACCUGCUCAGAUAGUGAGGAAACGUUCAACCAGAAACGCAAACGAUGGGAGCGGGACGAGAAAGUUCCUCGCACGGGAGAAUCAAACAGCGUUCCGGACGAUUCUCCUAACUCUUCGUUCCCAGAUGGAAAACCGAUGAAGGCCCUGGAAAAACCGAAUGUGCUGAAAUACUCCGAGCGACCCGAUACGAAUGUGCUGAAAACGACCGUAAUUCUUAACAAAAUUAUUGUUCGCACAACGGAACUGGCCAAUCAUGUGCUUGUUAUGGGAACAGUAUCGUAUUCUGACAGUCCUGUCAAGUGUCCGUACGGGGCCGAAACCAACGCCUGUAACAACGUCAAGUUUGUGUCGACGGAUCGGCUGAAGGCGCAUUUGGAAGUCGCGCACCAGUUGCCCAAUGUGCAGAUCAAUCUGUUGUGUCCCUGUCCGGCGGAAUGCAACGGAGAUAAGGAAUGUCCGGUUGCCAUAUAUGAUCAGUACUCAGGACUGUAUCUGGUAGAUCAUUUGACCGAGGCUCAUGAGCAGUUCUACAACAAACUCCAGGCAUUACUGUGCUGCGUGGAUGUUGACGAUGACGAUGACCAGGAUGACCUCGAAGCAUUCCUGAAGGAAAACAAUUUGAAUAGGAAAGAUAUGGAUUAUCUCAAGCAUCUGGAUGGGCGUAAAACGUUUCCGGAAUGGACACGCGAUGUGACUAAACCGUUCCAAAGCCAGCUGAUUCCAGACAAAUUCGUUCAGCCAACAGUUGUAGAGAAUCGUUGCUUGUAUUACGUCUGCAACCUUGAACCAUGUAAAGGGAACCGUUUCCCCAGCCCGCGACGAAUCAGAAGUCACAUUUGCACAGUGCACCUGGAACAGGUGCCCAUGCAGACCGACCUUUACUUUGGAUGCCCUGCCCCAGGAUGCAAGGACAUCGUGAAGUCCAACACGAAUCUCAUAAUAUCGCACGUGAAAGCGAUGCAUCCUUCUUUGUGCGGCAGGCCUGAUUACUCGCAGAACGCUUUGCAGAAACGAGAGCGCAUGAUAAUGGAAAUGGAUAGUGGUUCUGUACGGGUCAGUCAGACUCUGGACGAUUCAUCUGAGGAUUCCGAUGACAGCAGUCCUGAUAGCGAAAAGGAGGAGUACACGCGGUACUUGUACAAGUACUCAUGUCCGGCUGAGGGUUGCACGGUGGUGUACUGGGAUCGGGAUUAUAUGAUUUGGCACAUUGGAGCUGAUCAUCAAAAAAUCUGGACUACUGCUUGAAGGUGACGUUGCUAUGCUAACUUUCGGCUGGUUUUCGCCCAAAAUCAAACCGGAAUUCUGAGCUCCUCCUACGACGGCACUCUCCGCAUCUGAUCUAUCGACAACAAGGAGAAGCACAAAGUCUGCCUGAAACUGAAAUCCGCCAGCUGCCUGAAGACCGUCCCCAGUCCCCACCACCUGCACUUACAACAGGGGCCACAGGGCACUGCUUAUCCGGACGCCCCGAGAAACGCGUCAAACCGAAGCUGGCGGAUUUGGUGACCGCGGAUUACGUCUAUUACCACGUUCGCUGUGCCCUUUGUACAAGGAAGAGAAGCAACGCAGUAAGCAGGCGCAGUUUGAGCGAGCCCGCAAGGAUCCCGUUAACGGGAGUAAAAGAAUUAGCUUGCGUGACAACUUUUAAAAAGAAAUACAAUUCAGUUUUGUCAGUUUUUUUACAUGUUACUGUAAAUACAAUUUUUACGACAGCGCUUGUCGAUAGAAAUUCAACGGAAACGCGGCGUCAACGCUGAGCAGUGGG